CGUCAAGAUGGCGGCCGUUUCACGUGCCAAGGACACAAAUCACGGUUAGAUAUUCAGGCCAAACUUGUCCCUAGAGGCAAGCCACACUACCAACCAUCUGGAAGAGCAUCACAGCCCGUUGGUUUUCUUCCCAACCCCUGCAGAGUCUCUGCAAUCCCGCCAAAAUGGCUCGCACGCCAGCCGUGCGGACGUAUGGGAAGCAUACCAGGAGGACGAAGGCCUUGGUCUCACACGACACCAUACAAAGUGGCGGGAAGCAGCAGAAACUGGCCGAGACUAUACCAGUUGACACUUACGUCAACAAGGACCCGGUGGCAGUACUGGUAGAGCAAAUCAGUGUCGUUCGCCUCGACGAGCCAGAGGAGGAAGGUGGGAGUGAGACCACAGAGACGGAGGAGGAGUCGCCAAAGUCGCCUCCGAAGCGGCGAGCAAAUGCUCCCUCAAAACCGGCCUCAGAAAAGCCUCAGCUGAGAUCGUCGCCGCGGAAGCGUGCAUCAAAACCACCACCUCAGCCCCCAUCACCAACACCAACACCACAGUCGAGGCUAGAGCCAGCGAUAGAGGAUGAGAAGCCAGUGGUCGAGGAGGCGGUAGUCGUCGCAGAGGGCACACAGAUCGACCACCGAGUACUCGCAUGGGCGGACGUUUGCCCGCCCGGCGACCGCAUCGAGAAGAUCGCCGAGGCAUCCUAUGCCGAGGUGUACCGUGUCACCAACGAACGCGGCACCAGCAUCAUUAAGGUGGUGCGGCUGCAGUCGCCCAUCAAGCCCCAGACCAAGGCGCAGGAACGGUCCGGCCUGGUAGACGAGGAGCCGCACCGAGAGGAUGAGCUAGGCGGCGAGGUCCGCAUCUCCGAGUGGCUCGCCGACAUCCCCGGCUUCGUCGUUUACAAGGAGCGCUACAUCGUCCGCGGCAAGGCCACAAAGGAGCUGCUCGAGACCCACCAGACCUUCCACCGACGCAUGAAGCGCAAGGACCCCGACCGUCUUCAGUUCUACCCGUCGCCCAGCAGGUACCUUCACGACACCGAGUUCCUGGUCAUCGAGCUCGGUGACGCCGGCUCGUCGCUCGAGGAUUUCGAGCUUGUGUCCAUCGAUCAGGUCUGGGAUAUUCUCCUGCUCGUUGCCAUUUCGCUGGCGAGGGCCGAGUAUCAGGUCGGCUUUGAGCACCGGGACUUGCACGAGGGAAACCUAUGCGUGCGGCAAGUCCGAGAGCCAAAAGCAGCCGAUGCGCGAGACGCAGCAUCGCCCGUCCGCUUCGGCCGAUCUGGGCUGGACAUAACCAUCCUGGACUACGGCCUCUCCCGGGCCGAGGACCCGGACCCGGCCGACGACGAGGACCCGCCGCCGAUCGCGUUCGACUUGGAGAAGGAGCUCAGCCUGUUCACCAGUACACACGCGCCUCAGUGCCGCGUGUACCGGCAGAUGCGCUCGUUCCUCAUCCGGGGCGACCGCGCGCACCUCCCGCCGGGGAGCCACGACAAGCCCUACGAGGCGGGCAUCUCGUGGGCUGACCACAACCCCUACACCAACGUGCUCUGGCUGGCUUACAUCUACGACUACCUGAAGCGCCACUUCAGGGGCGACAAGCGCGCCCUGGCCGCCUUCGGGGCCGAGACGGCCGAGCUCUGGGCGCACCUCGACCCGGACGCGCCGCCGCGGGUCAAGUCGUUCCCCAGCGCCACCGACGUCGUACGCUUCGUCGUCGAGGCCGGCUGGGUCACCGAGGCGCAGCUGCUAGGCGGCGCCGGCGCGGGCGAGGACGGCGUCUCCGUGCUCCCAGAGGACGAAAGCAUCAUCGAGGCGUGCAUCAUGGAGCGGGACGACGGCCAGCCGCGGAGGUCGUCCAGGCGAAGGCGAACACAGGUGCCUUGAGGAGAAGGGGGGCUCGACGGCAGAAAGGAGGGCAGCGUGACUCUCCUUCGUCGACCGGUCUCGUCCCGGAAUUUUGUCAGCACAUGCCACUGAUGCCAGUCCUGCGCUUAUGCGGCGUGUUGACGCGUGGCCACCCCCCCUUUCUUCAAAUAUUGACUCUCAUAUUGUCUUGGAUUUGACACCGGCUUCGAUUCGAAGCGGUGUGCAUAGCAUUUUGUUGUUGUUGUUGUUGGCUACCAAAUACCCCUCAUUGUAGAUAGAUAACUUGUUAGACCUUUGGGCUUCCGGUCCUUCUUCCUUGUACCACUUCUGGCUGCCCCUCGCAUCGCUCUUGCUCUUCUCUUGCUCUUCUCUUUCUAACCACGGACAUAGC